AUGGCCGUCGUCUCGGACGACCACGCCCAGGCGCACCUCUGCGUGGAAAACGUGGGCGCCGACGGCCUGCGCUUGUUUUCGCCGGCGGAAAUAAAGCGCAACGAUGGCCGCGACGGCCGCGCGUUCUGGGCCGUCGUCGACGGCUUCGUCGUCGACGCGACGGCCUUCGUCGACAGCCAUCCCGGCGGCCUGAAGAAGCUGCUGUCGACCGACGACGCGAACACGGGCGCGACGGGCAAGGCCUUCGGUUUUUCACUCUCCAAAGGGCGCAACGCGCACUUCCCGCAGACGGGCCAGCGGUUCCACGACGGCGUCCGCGCGUUCCUCGGCGGCGGCUCGAACGUCGUUAAGUUCCACGGCGGCGGGUCCGUCGCGAUCCUCGGCAAGCCGGCGGGCGUGGCCGUCGCCGCGCUCGUGACGCCCCCGCGGCCGAGCACGGGCAGCCUCGGUGGCCGGCCGCUCGGCCGGUCCGCGUCGGAGCCGUCCUUCGGCACGACGGCGUUCAGCCGGCCCGUCAUGAGCAAGAAGCUGCCGCUGCGCACGCUGCUGCUCGACCCCGAGUCGAACAACAUGCCUCGGAGCCGCACGCGGUCCGAGUUCAAGAAGAAGCUGAGGGGCGUCAACGUGCCCCACUGGUCCUACGAUUUGGACGGCGACGGCGAGGUGAGCCACGACGACUACAAAAUUAGCAAGGCGCUCGACGCGCUGGGCACGGGCCAGCUGAGCCCCGUGCAGCGCACGCGGGGGCGCAAGACCCUCGCGUCCCAGUUCUUCCGGAACCACCAGCGCGACGCGCAUUUGUACGGGUCGCAGUGGACGGCGCGGCCGGGCUCCGCCGCGGCGGAGGAGAACGCGGAGCGCCUCGCGACGAACCCGAGCUUCAACUAUUCGUUGUGCAAGCUCAACAUGAAGGAGAAGCGCCUCAUCAACCACGGCUCCUACGACAUGACCGUGUGCAUGUCCGACGCCGUGCCCGAGGCGCCGCCCGGCGCGGGAAACGCGCGCGACGCGCCGCCGCCGACGAACUUCUACCCGGACACGCACGGCGGCUCCCGCCAGACGUUGUUCGAGAAGCGGUCCAUCGCCACGCGCGCCAUGGCCCAGAGCCACCUCGACAUCGCGGAGACGAAGCGCCCCCAGUUCAGCACGAAGCGCAUCUCGCUCAUCACGAACUGGGCCUUCGAAAACGGCUAG